AGUCUCAUUUCCUCUGCUUCCAACUUAUCUGUUUUUGAUAGUCUGGCAUUCCUUCUUCAAGGUUUCAAAAUAAGAGGACUGUAGGCAAAUUAUCAUUCUAUGGUCACCAAUUUCCUCUUGUACUUGCUUAGCUGGGCAUCACGAGAUCUCUUGCUCCGCUAGCGGAAGAUUAACCUUAGGUAACUGGUCAACCUUUGCCCAUUUCCAACCUUUGGUCUGCCCAGCGGUAGUCACAGGCAUUUUACAUCAGUGCUUUAACCAGUGUUCCCUCUGGAGCUGAUCCCAAAGACAAACAAAAAGAGAAGCAUGUGUGGGUGUUGAGUCAUAUGCUUGGUUGACAUCUCUGCACCAGAACACGGAGCUGCAGUCUGCUUUGCCUCAGCUUGUCAGUUGUCCAGUGGAGUUGAAUCCCUUCAGGCAAUGUCUACAGAGGUGGAAAACAGUGUACCAGCAACUGCUGACCCAAGUUCCCCAUCCACAGCCUCGACUACCAUCAGCCCUACCACCUCUCCUGUGACAACCACACCCAAGGCCCAGUUGAAAAAAGAGAAGAGGAAAGUUCCAGAAAAAACAGAUGAGUACCUCCUGAGCAGGUUUCAAGGAGAUGGUGUGAGGUACAAAGCCAAGCUGAUUGGCAUUGAUGAUGUCUCCGAGGCCCGUGGCGAUAAAAUGUGCCAGGACUCUAUGAUGAAGCUUAAGGGGAUGGCGGUAGCUGCUCGGUCCCAAGGCAAGCACAAACAGAGAAUCUGGGUCAACAUCUCCAUGUCUGGAUUAAAGAUCAUUGAUGAGAAAUCAGGAGUAAUUGAACAUGAGCAUGUGGUGAAUAAGAUUUCCUUCAUUGCCAGAGAUGUAACAGACAACAGAGCGUUUGGAUAUGUAUGUGGGGCUGAAGGACAGCAUCAGUUCUUUGCCAUAAAAACAGCACAGCAGGCAGAACCCUUGGUCAUCGAUCUGAAAGAUCUUUUCCAAGUCAUCUUCAACAUGAGGAAGAAAGAAGCGGAGUCAUCACAGAAGGCUGAAAAUGGCUCUGCGGUUGUUGAGAAUGGAGGUGCCUUGCAGAGCACUGAUGGCGAAUCAAAGGCUGCCCAGCCAGUGGAACAGCUUGACCUUUUUGGAGACAUUACAACUCCUCCAGACAUCAGGGCUCCAAAUGAAUCUAAUGACAUUCUGUUGUUGGACUUUUCUGCUGGAGUUGACGGCAAUCAAAAUUGCAUAAAGGAUAUCUCUUUUCUAACCUCUCCUGCCCCCGACUAUAAAACAUCCACAAAUUCUCAAAUUACUUCCUCAACCUCUGGCUAUUUUCCUGCUCCAGACAGUGAUCCAUUUGGAGAUGACCCGCCUUCUAGUCCUCCCAAUAGUUUUGUACCUGAUACACUUGUGUCCCCUACCAAUAACCUGAACAUCACUUCUGGCAACACCAUUAAGACAGACUUUUACAGUUUGAAUAGAGACACUGAACACAGUCAGCAGAUAAAUGUAUUAUCCAGUAAAUCAAUUAUACUUGCUCUCAAUAAUGGACAGUGGCCACUAGGGGGUAGUAUAACACAGGGCACCGCCAUAACAAUGAUGGAUGGGAAUGAAUUUCAACAAGCACACUCAACCAAAAACCCGUUUUUCGACUCCAGUUUGAAAACGUCCCCUGUCUCUAACGACAUAACGAGUCAUCCAGAACCACCGGCAACUCAUAAUGACUCUGUUGUCAUAAGGCCACCUCCACAGAGCUCUAAGUCUGGACGAGGUCGAAGGAGUGCAAAGUCUGGUUCAAGUGACCUCUUUGGUACAGACCUGUUUGGUGCUCCUGUGUCUUCUGAGACAUCUCCAGCUGACCUUUUCAACAAUACACCCACAAAUACUGUUCCUUCAACCAUACCUGCUUUAGGCAGUUUACAUUUGGGUCCGCCAGCUACAAGUGUACCUGCUGUAGGCAUGUGGGGCACCUCCCCUGCUGUACCCGCAAUGUUCCCCAUGCCAGGAAUUGUCACUCCUGGCCUUAUACCUAACUUUCCACAACCAACUGCCUUUGGCGUUCCCAUGCAGCCCCCAGGCUGGGGCCCGCAGGUGGUGCCACAGUUUAGUGCCGCACCCCUCUCUCCACCUCACCUCCAGUGGAGUCAGCCUGCUACGUCCAAUCCCUUCCAAGCGAUGGGAGACCAUGGUCCAUCACGCCCCCCUCCAAGGCCACCAGUUAAGGAAACCCCGCCACGAGUGGAAAACAGUGCCUUCACAGCUUUGGAUCCUCUUGGAGAUAAGGAGAAGAAAACAGGAAAGGACAUGUUCAAGAACUUCCAGAUUGCCAAACUACCUGCUAUCCCAGCAAGGAAAGGGGAGCUCAUGCCAAGCUCUGCUCCACCCCCUGCUAACAAGGAGGCGGUGCCAUUUGAUGAGUACUUUUCCAAUAAAGUGGGUCUGGCUCAGGAUGCUGCAGACCAUGAUGACUUUGAUAUUAAUCAGAUGUCCUCACUUGAUGGUAAUGAUGCUCCAAAGCAGACCCCUGUGCAAUUUACUGCACCGACAGCUGCUCAAAGUUUUACUCCUGACCUUCUUGAUGCUGCCUUCUCUUCGGCUCCAGUCCCAAACAGUUCAGCACCAACGCUGGGACAGGACCUCAGUCAUGACAUGUUUGAUCAAGCUUUUGGUGCCCCAGAUCCAAAUCCUUUUGGAGCACCCCCUGUAGCAAUGAACACUGUUGCUCAAACUUCUGGUUCCAGAGAUGCCUUUGGAGAUGCUUUUGGGAAUCCUUUUGCUUGACCACAGUGAAAAGGAUUAAAGGGCAAACUGAGAUCUUCAUCUCACACCUACCUUCAGGACAAGCUGCCCUGUGCAAGAUGAUCCAAAUGAACUUUUCUUACUCUUGUCCCUGAACCACCAGGUUUUGUUUUUUAUCACACCCACCUUUGACAGUUCUGAUAGUUCUUGUACCUGUCGACUGAUCCAUUCAGUAAAUGUUUUGAUAUGAUCUUCUGAUGAAAGAAUUGUGCUGUGUAAAAGAACGUUUCGAUGUUCACUGCUAAUGCUAUCUUUGCUAAAGAAAUAAAUCAGUAAUGAUGCAGUAAGGCUUUUGAUCCGUUGCCUCCUUCACACUGAUUCAGUGAAUCAACAAGUGGCUUUAGUGGUUGCUUUUUCUAUCCCACAGCAGAUGAAAUGAACUGACCAGUUUCUUUGAAAAUCUUAUGGACACUGUCAUUUUUCUUGUUUUGCACAUGCUCAUAAACCUUCAAAACUAUCCUGUUUGAAAAUGUAUUGUCUCUAGUUUCACCCAAAAUUGCAACAUCUAAAUGCAAAUUUAUUAAUUCUGAGUACUGAAGGCAUGUUCACAGCUCACUUCUGUAAUUCAGUGAUUGUGGGAAAUUUUCCAAAUUCAAAAAACAAGUUUAAAAUAAAAUGGCUUUAACUCA